AUGGCGCCCAUGACACCGAACGACCUGCCGCCAGAAAUCGUCUUCAAGAUCAUCACGCUCAGCCUGGGUCGCUCUGAUGAAAGCAACCCCAGAGUACAUCGAUGGAAGCUGAAGUUCCUCAGGGCUUGCUGCUUGGUCUGUCGUGGUUGGCUGGAUGUUUGCCAGGCGUUCUUGUUCCAAAACGUCUACAUAAGGAGGACUAGGACUUUCAUUCUCUUUUGCAGGUCGCUGUCUAGCCCAAGAAAUGUAGGGAAAUAUGUCCGAAAGCUGUUGGUCGCACUCCCCACCUGGGAAGAUACGAGUCCCUAUCCAAUGCCGAGAGGAGUCGAGAAGUGUCUACGGUUGCUGGAAGGUCUGGAGGAACUGGAAAUCAAGCCACCGUUCGACGGGUUCUUCAGCGAAAAAGCACUCAAUCAAAUCCACGGGCUCGUCAAGCUCAGAAAAGUGACCAUAAGGAGGGUCUGUGGUCUUCAGGUUGCCAACAUCAAAGCCUAUGCCGACCGCUCCGUCGACUUUGGGGCCGACGAAAAGCUGGACAUCUUUCGCCAGCUCGUGUUGCCCAAGACCGUCGAGCAUCUGGAGCUCGUCCAACCUUCGAUCGAAUUCAUGGACCAUCUGCCCACGAUCCUGUCGGAAGUUUAUUCAGCCAAACCCACCGAUAGCACGACGGAUGCUGGCGCCUCCUCGUCGGAAGCACAACCCGUCAAACCACCUGAAGCGACCAGAGGAUUGAAAUCGUUUAGUCUGCAGGUUAGCAGUGUGUACAACAGACUAACGAACCCGAAUAUCUAUGACAAGCUUCCACAAUUGCUAUCGGCCAAUAUGACCUCGUUUAAAUUGGUUCUGGAUACUCGACUGGAGGACCAAACGAUAAUUGAUCUUCUGGCUUCGACCCCGUUCCUGGAGGAGCUCAAGCUAGGCCGGAUCGGUGUCUCAGAGUUCCUGUUCAGCCAGCUCGCCCCGCUGAAGUCGUUGCGCUCAAUGAGCUUGAUUGCCCAUGGGCCCCCGUUGGAGGUCGACAUCGGCAUCGACUGGCUUGAUUUCUGCAAUGUCAUGACCUCCUUCGUCGAUAAAUCUCCUCUCCUCGAAUCCUUCGAGUUCGAUACCGCCCUCAGCAUCCAUACCACUUUCGUCAGCUUGAUGCUCGAGUUACUCUACAAUAGUACUCUCGAAUCUACUCGAACUUAUAGUCGGCUCAAACAUCUCACUAUCAAACAUACCGACCCUCCCCCUGUGAGCUCGAUCGAACGGAUGUGCGAACGCGCACCCUUCCUCGAAACUCUCAGUAUCAAGGUACCCGUCAGAAAUCUGGGAAGAUUGAGACUCGCAUUGGCAAAAUUAACCCAUCUCCAACGCCUAGAGUUAAAUAACUUUUUGAUGGUCAGGAAACUAUUUUCACCAAGGAUCGAUGUCGAGCCCUUUUUCCGCUUCACCGACCGUCAAAAUGUCAAACGAGACAUUCAGCAAAACUUCACUUUCUGA